AUGCCGGUGGACGAUCUCAACGACAGGGUGGUGAUCACCCACGGCAACAACACCGCCACCAUUCUCAAGCACGGCGCCACGGUCAUCUCCUGGGUCAACAACGGGGAGGAGCAGUUGUGGCUCUCACAGGGGGCCCGCUUGGACGGCUCCCGGCCCGUGCGUGGCGGCAUCCCGCUCGUGUUUCCGGUCUUUGGCAAGCAGAAGGACGAGCACCACCCCACGGCCAAGCUUCCGCAGCACGGGUUUGCCAGGGAUGCCGAGUGGGAGCUCCUAGGGCAAACCACGGAGGACCCGGUUGGUGCUGAGUUUGGCCUCGCCGGGGGGAGGAGCGACUGGCCAUACAAGUUCAGCCUUAUCUUGAGCGUGACCCUCGCCAACGACAAGCUAGCCAUGGCCAUUGAUGUCAAGAAUGAAGACGAGCAAGAGUUUGACUUCCAGUGGUUGUUCCACACCUACUUGCGGGUCCCUGAUAUCACCGACGUGUUGGUGACCAACCUCGCCGGGCAGCACUGCGACGACCGUGUGGUGAACGCAGGGUACACCGAGAAGGCCCCCGCCGUGGCCAUCACUGGAGAGUGCGAUAGGAUGUACGUGGGAGUUGAAGACCGCACCGUCCAGGUCCUCGACAAGGGCCGGGUGUUGUUCUCCCUUGCACGGAAGAACUUGCCCGAUGUUGUGGUGUGGAACCCGUGGGACAAAAAGGCCGAGGCGAUGGCCGACUUUGCGCCGAAGCAGGGGUUUCAUGAGAUGAUAUGUGUCGAGCCGGGCCACGCCGCGACGAUGGUGGUGUUGCCGCCGGGGGGGACCUGGAGCGCCGCACAGGAAAUCGCCGUUGGGGGGGAGAUCAGCCUCCAGGGGGGGAUCUUCUAA